GAUGGCUUCUGACCAAAAGUUCGACAACAUGGAUAGCUUACCGGUAACAAAUCACGCCGCUGGCGAGCCCGAGUCGACGAAAGAGAAUAUCCUUGAGACAGGAGCAUCAAUGGUGCAAAACUUCGAACCUACGAAGCGUCUGUGUGCUCAUCUCAACGCCUUCCACGUUUACGUGAACGAGCCCACUCGGACAUCAGAAGCCAACCACUAUUGUGCUCACGUAAAUGAAGAUGUGAGGCAAUGCAUCCUCUACGAUUCUCCGGGCCCCAAUGCUCGCCUCAUCGGAGUCGAGUAUAUGGUAUCGCCACGCAUCUAUGAGACGUUAGAUCCAGAGGAGAGGAAGCUAUGGCAUUCUCACGUCUUCGAGGUCAAGAGCGGCAUGCUUAUUAUGCCAGCCUCUUCCGCCAUGCCUCUCGCUGCCUGGGAGAAGGCUGAAAACGCCGAGAUGGAAGAAGUUGUGCACCUCUACGGCAAAGUCUUCCAGCUCUGGCAAGUGGACAGAGGCGACAAGGUGCCACUGGGCAUGCCGCAGCUCAUGACCAGCUUUACAAGCAACGAUCAGACUGAUAUCGCCAAACUGGUGGAGGAUCGGGAUAGACGGUUUGGUGUGGACUUCAGGAAGAAAGCGGAAGGGAGGGCGUACAUCGAAGAGCCCAAGGUCCAUCCAGACGCCGACGACCUGUGGAAGAAACAACAGAAGGCCCAGUAAGUGGAAGACUGAAAACUGUGAGAAUACGGCACCGAGAGAUCUCCCGGAUC